CACAUUUUCCUCCUCGCCGCUGAAGAUCCCGAGAGGCCGGGCCACCGGGAGGCGGAGGCGCCGGGCGAGCGAGCGAGCGGCUUGACCGCCGCCUGCGCAGCGUCGGUAGUAGGUGCUAUUCUGGAACAAGUAAAAUCAUAAGUGGAGUUGACCUCGGAGCACCUUUAGGUUUUGGAGCUGUCUGCUCUUAUUGGUUUCAUGGCGACCAACGAGAACCUCCCAUCAAAUGUCAUUUCACAAUUGGCUAGAGAAAUGAAGAAUCUUGAUGAAUCACCUCCAGAAGGGAUUAAAAUUAUUGUUAAUGAUGAUGACUUCACUACCAUUUGUGCUGAUAUUGAGGGCCCUGCUGGCACUCCAUAUGAGAAUGGGUUAUUCCGGAUGAAGCUAUUGUUGUGUCGCGACUUCCCUCACUCUCCUCCAAAAGGAUUCUUCUUGACAAAAAUAUUCCAUCCAAACAUAGCAACUAGUGGUGAGAUAUGUGUGAACACAUUGAAAAGGGAUUGGAGCCCUAGUCUUGGAUUAAGAUAUGUUCUGCUGGUAGUGAGAUGCCUUCUGAUCGAACCAUUCCCUGAAUCUGCCCUUAAUGAACAAGCUGGAAAGAUGUUACUGGAAAACUACGAGGAGUAUGCACGCCUUGCAAGGCUAUACACUGGCAUUCAUGCACAUAAACAUAAGAAUAAGUCCAAGACCGGAGCUAUUUGCGAGUCAACCACAUCUCUAAAUGCGGGUCAGAGUAAUGAAACUGUUCUGAGCAAGAACACAGCAUUGGCUCCAGCACUGUCAUCUACGUCCACCUCAACCAAAGUUCUAGGCUUACAUGAUCAGAAUGCUGCUCCUUCUGAUCCUGCGGUAGGAGGAGCGUCAGCAGCACACAAGAAGGAUGGUCUGCUUGCUGUCAAAAUUCCAGUUGAAAAGAAGAAGAUCGAUGCCAGGAAGAAGGGCCUGAAGAGGCUAUAGGCGCAUCCUGGACAAUGUAUUAGCCGGGUAGAGUGGUAGUUAGAAAAUCCAGUAUCUUUCUUAAAUGCCAGAUCAGCAGAUGCAUAGUUGAAAUGAAUAAAGAACCCAAGCGACAUCUGAUGAACUGGCCACUGGGACAAGGUUGGCUGUACUCAGGCUUAAUGAGACAGAAUGUGAGUUGGGCCUGUUGGAAUAAACUGUAUGUGCAAUGUCAAAUAUUUGGAAGA